CUUGAACAAAACAUGACCGUCAGCAGCCCAUAGACGUGUGGGUUUGUGAUGUGGUCUGAAGGCGUUGCAUUCUCGUACCCUCGCCGACCAUGAGGCUGCGGUGAGGCGCUGAGGUGUGAGAGAUGGCGGCAGCAGUCCCUGUCUUCUCUCGCUGCUGUUUCGGUCAGCGUCGUCGAUGACGAACAGGCCACCUGCGGACCAGCUCGUACGGGCACCGACUGACGGAAACAAUGUCAGGCGCAACAGUCGAAGAGUACAUCGAGCUGCUCAAUGCAGAACAGCAUGUGGACCUACCCAAGCUGCGAGCCUACGCUCGUCAUGGGGUCCAGCCCUCCGUCCGUGGCGAGGUUUGGCUCUACCUUCUCGGUGUCCUUUCCAGCGACAAGUCGCAAGAGAUGACCUCGGUCCGCAGCAAAUUUCUUGAGUACGAGGGCAUGCACAACAAGAAUCCAUUCAUUCACAAGUCCAUCCAUACUGAGAGCGAGAAGUUCUACAAGACCAGGCUCGCUUGGAGGCCGCCCCCGGACCGCAGGCUUGUCAAGAGCUCGCACAAGAUUGCGGCUAGGAGCAAGCUGCACCAUGAACAUACUGGGGCACAAAUGGCCAAACCUGCACUACAAACUGGGAAGCAGCUGUAUAUUACACAAGGUAGCCACGUCAGUGAUGGCGGGGACAACCUUGUCAAACCCAUCCACGCACCAGCUGAUAGCGCCGCCGGGCCACCAACGCCGCUGACUGCGCCCACAGUCCUUCAAGAUCACCCUUUGGCGAAGACCUUGGAAAUGUCAGGCGCACGGUUCUUCAACAGCUCUGGCAGGAGUGCAGUAACACCGGUUGAUCUGGAUGCGGGCGAGGAAGAUCAACAUCGCUUUCACCAUCCGUAUCAGCACAUAAUCACAGACCCUGAGUUUGACCGGUGGCCCAAGUAUACAAGCGAAGCUGAUACCGAUGCGGUGGCAGAGCCGUCAAGGCAGUGUGCUCGAGCUUCGUCUUCUCCUAGUGUUGCUUAUCCUCCCCGGUCGCCAACAGCGGCCGCAGGGCUAUCAUUAGCAUCGGCAUCAGCUUCCUCCACGGCUGCAGCUGCAGCCAGUGAAGAAAUCAAGCAACGCUUCUGUGACAACGUCGACAAUGUCGUUUGUGCCUUUCUUAAUCGCAUGGCGUGGAAGCUGCAGCUGGCACAUGAAAAACGCAUGCGCCUUGAACAGGAGCUUGCGUCUGGAGGAAACCAGUCGCAAGGACGGCCGGCAGCUGCGACUCCCCCACGUGACCGAAGCGACUCUGCGAGUUCCAAGACUAGCUUGCAAGGUGGUUCAUUGAGGCUCGGUGGGGAUAACGGCAGGGACCAUUUGAGACGACCUGAACAAAUGUCGGAACUCAGCGCGCGCACACCUGUCACAGCCCACCGCCAGCAGGCUCUUCAAUCCCAUCUACGCUCGAGAUCUUCCUCCAUGAGCCCGAGCUCAUAUGGACCGUCACUGUCAUGUUCUCAACCGCAGCAGCACUCACACGACAUGGCACAGGAUGCAAAGGAGCAAAAAGAGCGAUUUAAUGCCCAGGCCAGCUUGAUCGGAGGCUCAAGCUUCGAUUCAGAUAGAGCGAGAGGCGCAAAUGAUGAGCUGGAACACGAGACAGGCAACAGCACACUCGCAGAGAGGGAGGGUGAUGAUAUGGAUCUCGACUGGUCUAUACAGCGCACCACGCCACACACACCAGCUACUUCCGCCUUUCAACAUCAUAAGCAUCGUUUGCAGCAGUCAUCCCAAACACAGGCGCACGAACCUGAGCACCAGCGCAGCGAAUCUAGGUCCUCAACAUCAGAUCCAUUAUUAAAUGGGAGAGAGUAUGAAGUUGGAAACGGACGUGGUUCGAUGCUAGGUGGCACGAUACAAAGGGGCCGUGCGAAUAUGCAACACGAUGAUUUUACCGCGCUGCCGCGUUUCUUCCACGUUGCCGUGCGUCCGCAUGACAGCCCUCAAGAAAAGGGUAAUGAUAAUGCUGCAGGCGGUGCUGCUACCUCGGCUGCACCAGAGCAGUUGGUGCCGCCUGUGCAACGGGCGCAUGCACGACAGCAAGAGCAACAUCUACUGACGGAACAGCAGCAGGAGCGCUACAUGGCCGUCGCAUACCCGGUGCAAUUUCAUCCGGCUCUCGUCUAUCUUUGCGUCCCGUUUGUACAAUGCAUGAAGGUGGAAGCAUCCAUGUACUUUGCAUUUGAGAAGCUCAUGAGCUUGAUCGAAGAGCAUAACAAGCGCGUGCCACUUGCGUCUCGCAUUGCUACGUUCUUGACUUUGUUCCGCGCCACGCUACCAGAGCUGUUCGCGUACUUUGACGAGGAGGAGGUCGACGUUGUCGGGUUCGCGAGCAAAUGGUUGCAGAACCUGCUGGCGAAAGAGAUGCGCAUGCCUGACUUGAUGAGGCUUUGGGACACGUACUUUGCCAUGCCUGACUUCCUCGACUUGCACCUGUACGUGUGCAUUGCGAUUCUGAUGAACAGCCGCGACCCGCUAGAGGAGCUGGAUCAGUCCGAGACCAAGUCGAUGCUCUCUUCUCUGCCUCCACUGGACGUUGAUCAGAUCAUCAAUGAUGCCAUCAACAUUCGAUUGAGUCAUCAGCAGAGCCAGGUGGAUGUUUGAACGUUCAUUAUAAAGUAUCAGACAAAAUUCAGAGAGCUCCUUUGGGGACACACACGUGACUCCGGACUUCACUUCGUGUUAGAACUUGAUCUGACUGGGCGUUGAUCUGCCACGACAUCUUCUGGGCGACAGCCGCUCCCGCAAAAUGGCCCAUGUUGCUCACUUGGAAAAAUUUGAUACCUCAUUGAUGAGGAUAAGAACUUCCCACGUGUCCACGGUGACUGUUCACCCUUUUCAGUACCUGACGCCUUGGUCACUACUUGGAGUAGGAACCCGAACAGUUGUUGCCUUUGAAAUGUGGGAUCAGGGGUAGCCUCGUCCAAAGCAUCCGAUAUCUAGCAGCCGACCGCAAAUCUGUGGACGAUGCAGUCUGAUUCCGAACGCUAACCCAUAAUGGCAGGACUCGCCAUGUCCUGGAACCAAAGCAAGAUGUGGUCCUGCUUUUGCACUAUCCAGCAUUGGCGUUACC